UAGGUAUCCCGUUUUCCCAAUCUGUCACUCCAUAAUGAUGGGGGAAGGGAGAAUCCUCCAUCCCAACGUCUGACGUCGGGGCGUGAAAGAGAGGGCAGGCGAGGAGGAGAGGAAGCUGCGAUCAACACAGGCAGGGCGUCUGAGCCUAAACAAGGACAAAGUGAUCACGGUAUCAAUGCUCUAACAAUGGACUUAGCAGAUAUGCUUAUCGUCAAAUUCUUCUGUUUCGUCUACUUAAUAAAUUACACCCAGGGUUAUCAUUAUGGGAACCCCCUGAACAAGUAUGUGCGUCACUACGAGGGUCUGUCCUAUAACACCUAUGAGUUACAGGACAAGCACCUGAGAGCCAAGAGGGCCCUCCACCACCAAGACACAUUUCUCCAUCUAGACUUCCACGCACACGGAAGACAUUUUAACCUGAGGAUGAAGAGAGACACCAGUCUGUUUGCUGAGGACCUGAAGGUAGACAUGGGAGGACAGGAGGUGAACUAUGACACCUCUCAUAUCUACACUGGAGAAAUAUAUGGUGAGAAAGGUACCCUGAGCCAUGGGUCUGUGGUGGAUGGGAAGUUUGAGGGCUUCAUCCAGACGUACCAGGGGACGUUCUACGUAGAGCCAGCUGAGCGAUACCUGAAGGACCGGGACGUUCCCUUCCAUUCAGUUAUCUACCACGAGGACGACAUCAAUUACCCCCACAAGUAUGGUCCAGGGGGGGGCUGUGCCGACCACUCUGUGUUUGAGAGGAUGAAGAAAUACCAGGCCACCGCCAUGGAGGAGCCAAACACGAAGCUCCAUGCAGAGGAGGCGUCCAGUGACCCGGUGUUGCUGAGGAAGAGGAGGACGGCUCAGAUAGAGAAGAACACCUGCCAACUCUUCAUCCAGACAGACCACCUCUUCUUCAAGUACUACAAGACCAGGGAGGCCGUCAUCGCACAGAUCUCUAGUCACAUCAAGGCUAUUGAUGCCAUCUACCAGGGAACAGACUUCAUGGGUAUCCGGAACAUCAGCUUUAUGGUCAAGAGGAUACGGAUCAACACUACUACAGAUGAGAGGGACCGGUCCAACCCUUUCCGCUUCGCUAACAUCGGCGUGGAGAAGUUCCUGGAGCUGAACUCUGAGCAGAACCAUGACGACUACUGUCUGGCCUACGUCUUCACUGACAGGGACUUUGAUGAUGGUGUGCUGGGUCUGGCCUGGGUUGGAGCUCCUGCAGGAAGUUCUGGAGGGAUCUGUGAGAAGAGUAAGCUGUACUCUGACGGGAAGAAGAAGUCCCUGAAUACCGGCAUCAUCACUGUUCAGAACUACGCCUCCCACGUCCCUCCGAAGGUCUCACACAUCACCUUUGCCCACGAGGUGGGACACAACUUUGGCUCGCCGCAUGACUCGGGGUCGGAGUGCACCCCAGGGGAGUCGAAGACCCAGGAUAAGAAGGAGAAGGGGAACUACAUCAUGUACGCCCGGGCCACAUCAGGAGACAAGCUCAACAACAACAAGUUCUCCGUCUGUAGCGUCAGGAACAUCAGCCAGGUCCUGGAGAAGAAGAGGGGAAGCUGCUUUGUCGAGUCAGGCCAGCCCAUCUGUGGUAAUGGGUUAGUGGAGCCAGGGGAGGAGUGUGACUGUGGAUACAGCGAUCAGUGCAGAGACCAGUGUUGCUAUGACGCCGACCAGCCUGACAACAGGAAGUGUAAACUAAAACCCAACAAAGUCUGCAGUCCCAGCCAGGGCCCGUGCUGUACUCCUGAGUGCUACUAUAAGGGCCGUAAUGAGAAGUGUCGUGAGGAGUCUGAGUGUGCUCAUCAGGGCAUGUGUAACGGGGGUACGGCCCAGUGCCCCACCUCUGAACCCAAGGCCAACUUCACCGCCUGCCACGGAGAAACUCAAGUGUGCCUCAACGGGGGCUGUUCUGGCUCCAUCUGUGAGAAGUAUGGUCUGGAGGUCUGUACCUGUGCCAGCGUGGAGGGCAAGGACGAGACUGACGAGCUGUGCCACGUUUGCUGUAGUGAGAAAAUGAACCCCAACACCUGCAGCAGUACGGGUUCAGAGAAGCUGGCCGGGUUCUUCAAUAAGAAAGUCACCACGUUGCCUGCGGGGUCUCCCUGCAACGACUUCAAGGGCUACUGUGACGUGUUCAUGAGGUGUCGGCUGGUGGACGCGGACGGCCCUCUGGCCAGACUGAAGAAGGCCAUCUUCAACCCUGAGCUCUAUGAGAACAUUGCAGAGUGGAUAGUGGCUCACUGGUGGGCAGUGUUGUUGAUGGGCAUCGCUUUGAUCAUGUUGAUGGCUGGCUUCAUUAAGAUCUGUAGUGUCCACACCCCUUCCAGCAAUCCCAAACUGCCUCCACCCAAACCAUUGCCAGGCACGCUAAAGAGGAGGAGAGCCCAGCAGCACGCACGGGACGCCCGAGACGCCCAGGUGCACCAGUCCCAGUCCCACCACGGAGGUGGAGAUCACGGCCAGCACCACCCAGUCUCCGGAGGCCAGCGGCAGCAGCCCUCACGCCAGGCCCAGCCACAGCCCCAGCCUCAGAGGCAUCACCGCAGCCAGGGCCAGCCUAGAGAAAACUACCAGAUGGGUCAGAUGAGACGCUGAGCUGUUGAGACACCGGGGCUCGGGGUGGGACCGCUCGGGGUGGGACCGCUAGGUCCGCUGCUCCUUCCAUCGACUGCUCCUUGCCUUGGCUCCUCCACGUGCCUAUCUAUGUCACUGGUGGGACUGGGAUUUGAACCGAUUUGUGGGAUUUUAAUCUGGGUCUCCAGGGUGGGAAUCUGACAUCCUAACCAUUUAGAUCAACAGGAUUUUCUUAGCUUUUUCUUGAUUAGGAUCGAUGGAAUCAAGGGAAAGGGAAUCACACUUGAGUUUUUACACGUUUUUUUUUUUAGGAUUUCCUCUUGGUCUAAUGGUUAAGGUGUUGGGUUGCCACGUGGGAGGACCUGGGUUCGAAUCCCACCAGUUUACACCUAACAGUAGGAUAAAACACUUGCUUCAGUCCUUCCGAAGAACAGCCUAAACUGGUUGUUUACCAUCCUCAUACCCUCCAUCUACAAACAAAACAGAGUUGAGAAAGUGAGAAUAAACGCCCCCCUCUCCAACAACCACCACUGACUAGAGCCUGCAGCACGGCUGACCUCUUCAGUCUUGUUUUCUGUGGCUCUCUAUGUGCAGUGGAAUCCACCAUCAGUCAUUUUGUUUGACCAUCCACCAUUUUAUUUUUUUGUGGAGUGGAAGUGACCAUCCACCAUUUUAUUUUUUGUGGAGUGGAGUGGAAGUGACCAUCCACCAUUUUGUUUUGUGGAGUGGAGUGGAAGUGACCAUCCACCAUUUUUUUUUUUUUUUUUUUUGUGGAGUGGAAGUGACCAUCCACCAUUUUGUUUUGUGGAGUGGAGUGGAAGUGACCAUCCACCAUUUUGUUUUGUGGAGUGGAGUGGAAGUGACCAUCCACCAUUUUUUUUUUUUUUUUUUGUGGAGUGGAAGUGACCAUUGGCCAUUUCCAAUGCAGUAGGUCUUCGGUCUGCCUCUUUUUCCCACCAAAUCUUUCUUUCUUUCAAUGGAGUGCCAACAAGUGGAGGAAUGGAAUGGUUUCAUCACGUGUAGCUUUACUACCUUCGGUCAUGUUUUUUCUUUCGAUUUGUAAAGUACCUCCUCUUUGAGUGAGAACACCCAUGUGAUCCGUGGCUCCUGGUUGGUUGAAAUGUUUUGUCAGCCAUAGUAGCCAGGAAAUGAAGUGAAAAACACUCGGAGGAGAUUUGCUAAAAACACAAAGUUUCAAACAAAACUGGGAAAAGAGACGAAGCUCUUCUCUUGGUUUCUCCAUGUAGAGACUGACUGUCUUCUGCAUGUGAUUGUACAGAUUUCAUUGUAACAUAAGUGAAAAAACUAAACUAUUUCUUCUACUGUAAAUGUACGUAUGAUUCUUGACUGUGUUUUUGGGUUAGUACUGUACUCUCAGGACAGUAACACAAAUGAAGAUAUCUGGAAUAGUAAAUGGACAGCAUUUCACCAAUCAAGUUCUUCUUUUACUGCAGUGAUGGAAUCACAUGGAUGGAAUUCUCUAUGGCGUUGUGUUUAGCGUCCGGUUGCAAGAUGCUCUAGGUUCCAAGGGUUGAACAAAAAGGUCACCACCAUUUUCCCACUACUUCUCACCUUUGACCUUUUGUGACUUUGAAGAUCUCCAAGAUCUCUUCAUCGGGUAACGACUUGUUCUGAUCACGUCACGAUGACAUCAUGAUUAAUGACUUGUUCCGGUCGCGUCAUGAUGACAUCACGAUGUAACGACUUGUUCUGAUGACAUCACGAUGUAACGACUUGUUCUGAUGACAUCACGAUGUAACGACGUGUUCUGAUGACAUCACGAUGUAACGACUUGUUCUGAUGACAUCACGAUGUAACGACUUGUUCUGAUGACAUCACGAUGUAACGACGUGUUCUGAUGACAUCACGAUGUAACGACUUGUUCUGUUGACGUCACGAUGUAAUGAUUCGGGAUAGAAGAAUCAGGGGAAAGAAAGGAAAGGGAACUUCAUUUUUAGUUUUUACCCACUUCUUAUUUUUCUUGAUAUGUUUUGAUGCAGAAGAAUAGAACAAAUAACCACUAACGGAAAGCUGAUGAUUCUGCCUGUUAUAUUAGGUCAGUGAUGCGUUUUUUCUUUUUUUUUUAAGAGACAUUUUAUGGCACGCAAUUCAAAAUGGCACCCUAUUCACUAUUUAGCCCUAUGCACCCUGGUCAAAAGUAGUGCACUAUAUAGGGUUUAGGGUGCCAUUUCGGACAUACACUUACUUUAGUACGGAGUGCAUUAAUAGUAUCAAAUUGCUAGGUUUAUGUGUGUGGAAAAUAAAUACAAAAACAAUUCCAGAAUGGAGGAACAAAAAAAAAAAACAUUGAAUACAAUUGAUAUCAAACUGUUCAUUUUCAAUGUGGGCAUGGAGUCAUUAUUAUUAUUAUGAUUUUUAAAUAUGACUACGGUUGAUUUGACAAAAGGUCUGUACUAAAUUGUCUGUUACGUAAUUGAUCACAACCGAUAACUUGCCAAUGAUAGCUGGUGUUGACUAGUUUGGGUCUGUAGUUCAGACAGCAGGGGGAGGAGUUAUUCCAAGAUGGUGGCACUUUCAAACUAACACUAACACUAUGUAUAGAGCUAGAAUCUGGAUUGAGUGGUCUUCCAUCCUGCAACAAUGUGUGUGGAGGCCUGGAUUGGGUUCAUUAGGCAUCAAACGGAAGAAAACGGACUGCAACACGGAAGGGCCUACCUGGAUUUGUCAAAAAAAAAAAACGUUAAUUUUCCCGUUACAAAAUGUUUUGAACACCGUUUUCUGCUGUGUGCCCUAAUGAAGACGACCCUGUUGUGUUGCUCCUCUGUGUCCUUUACCGAGGUGAAGACUGUGGGCUUUUUACAUUUAACAUUGGUGUGCCAUACAUGUCUUUGUACUUGUGGGCGAACGAGUCAUAUCAUUUUAUGAAUGAGUCACAUCUUUUUAUUUUUAUCAUUACCUUCUAUGUAGGAAAAGCCAGUAGGAAGGUCUCUAAAAGCCAUGCACUAGAGUUUGAAUGGAUGUCACAGAGCCUGGACCCAUACCUACUGCUGUCAGGCCAACUCCUAUGGUAAUUGUCAUGCCAAACAGUGAUUUGACUAUGAUUUAUUUUAUCGUUUUUUUGCAUAGGAGUUGGCCAGACAAAACAGAUGUGGGGGUCCCUGGAUAGAAGUGUCAGGUUUUUUGAGGAGAUAGAGACUACGAGACGGUAGUACUAGGUGUUUACUCCUGCCCUUUUAAUACUACAAAGACGGUAGGCUGGGUUGAUGUGGAACAGCAUUUGGAACAUAGCCUAGAUCACGUAAACAACUUCAAAGCUAACCCCAACCAUACUGUUCUGGGUCAAAUCUGUUCUUUUCCAACACUAUCAUGCUGACCCCAACCAUACUGUUCUGGGUCAAAUCUGUUCUUUUCCAACACUAUCAUGCUGACCCCAACCAUACUGUUCUGGGUCAAAUCUGUUCUUUUCCAACACUAUCAUGCUGACCCCAACCACACUGUUCUGGGUCAAAUCUGUUCUUUUCCAACACUAUCAUGCUGACCCCAACCACACUGUUCUGGGUCAAAUCUGUUCUUUUCCAACACUAUCAUGCUGACCCCAACCAUACUGUUCUGGGUCAAAUCUGUUCUUUUCCAACACUAUCAUGCUGACCCCAACCAUACUGUUCUGGGUCAUUUCCUGCAUGGUUCCAGCAGCUAUGGUUUAAUGUGUAACCAGGCCAGGGCAGUAUAACUCGGUUCGGCUCGGUUCGGCUUGGUUUGGCUCGGUUCAGCUCGGUUUGGCUCGGUUCAGCUCGGUUUGGCUCGGUUCAGCUCGGUUCGGCUCGGUUCAGCUCGGUUCGGCUCGAAGGGUAAUGUUGACGACUUAGACGCGUGUCUGUCUUCCAUUGAAUCCUGUAUUUCACAUUGCUGAAUAACUGGGAGACUGGUCGCUAAAUGGAUCGUGAAGGAAGCCGUUUUAAUAAGACAGCUAGCACACUCACAGUACACUAAGCCAGACUUUUUUUCCCCCCCUGUAAACUUGUACAGUAGUUGGAGAAUUUAAGAGUUUUAAUUUGAAAAUAAAAAUCAACAUUUCUGAAAUCGAGGAAAAACUGUUCAGAAACAAAAACAUCCCCUCCUCAAAACCUUCUCAGUAAACACUUGAUUUUUGAAGGGAACCUUCGUAAGUAUUUUAAUAACAUUCAUAAACCGUACAUAAAACAUUCAUAAGCAGUACAUAAGUAUUUCAUAGUAGACAUAGUGUAUUAGAUGCUUACACACUGAUUAUGAAUGUGUUAUAACAUCUUAUGUAGGUACCCUUUAAAUAAAGUCUUUACCAACCUCCCUGGGUUCUCUUAUCUAUGCUAGUUGAAAUGGGAUUAGUUUUAAAUAUAAUUUACUUUAAUUCUCCACCAUCAGGAAAAUGGUAAAUAAUAAUAAUAAUAAUAAAAGUCAGUGUGAUGGACUUUAAUGUUUCCUUCAUUCUCAUUUGGUUUAAGUCAGUUAUCCUGUGGCAUGGUUUCUUUAAAUUAUUAUUAUAAUUAUAAUUUUUUUUUCCGUGGUCUUCAUGAUAAAGAAGGUUCUAAGCGUAUUACGUGCACUGAAAUGUCCAAAUUGAGUUGAAAAAAAUGUUAGGUGAAAUGAAGAUCUAGGCCCGAAAGAACACACAAUGAUUAAAACGUUUUAAACUACUGUCUGAUUUUAAUGUUCACUGUGUUUUAUACAGUAGCAAACAUUGUUGUUCACUUUGAACAUUUUUACUAAAGAAAUUCAAAAAAUGUAUUGUGUAUUUUUUUUUUUUGAGUACUUUAAAUGCAUUAAUUAAAAGAUUCGUUCAAAAUAAAUUGGAUUUGAUUCACUGUAUAAAAAUGUGUUUAAAACUAUUACUUGAAUAAUAUUUGUAUUUAGUUCUAUUUGUGUUUUUAUAGUAAUUUCUCUCCAGUAAUUCAGGUUUGGACCAUGGUAUUUCAGUGUGAAUACAGUUGUAGUUUUGGCCUCGUCUGCUUGCUGUAUGCAUUUAUUUAGUUAUAGGCUUGUUACAUUUGGUCAUGGGGCGCAGCUGGCCAGAUAUUUUCAACCCUAAAACCACAUUGAUCUCCUAGAUAUCCAUAUCCUAGAGGAGGCUAUUUAACUCUUGUUUAUUCUAGCCUAUAAUCAAAUAAAUACAAACCAACUGGCAAGUGUCAUCACUGACAUUUUCAA